AUGGCGGACCAAGGGAAUCAAACCCCAAAAUCCGGCUCGAACAAGCUGGCUCCCGAACAGGAGCCAGUAACACCAACAUCUCCUGAAAUCAUCAUCACUUCUGCUGAGGAUUCGACCAAAGAUGAAGAGGUUGAAUCUGCCAAAGACUUGCUUCAAGCAUCGCACGACACCGAAGACGACGGGGCAUUGCCCAAGGUUCAUUCUGAACCAGCAGCUGAUGCCCAACCCGAGUUCGAGGAGGAGCCUUUGGUCUCCCCCGAGGAUGACGAGUUCGAGGUCAGCGGAGAGGCUCUCGAAAGACCUGUCUCUCCCAUCGAGGAUGAAGAAGAAGAUGAGAAGAGUGUAACAUCUUCACGCUUCUCUGACUCUGACUCCGACGAAGAGGAAAGAAGAGGCCGCGCUCGCAGAUCUUCGAGAGAUCGAUAUAUGUCCCCGUCCAGAACAUUCAUCACUCGCUUUGACAGCCAGGAAAAGCUUGAGAAGAAGGAAUCUGACCGACGCCGCAGCAAAGAAGGACUUGCAAAAGGUGAGAGACGUCAUACAACGAAAUCGAGAAGUCCUCUUGCUAUCAAAUCUGUCACUCGCAAGGGUGAUACUGUCAUUGUCACCUCGCCCACACAUGGUACCAUCACUAUCACGGACCCCAAGGUCGUUGAGGAGCUGGCAAAUGGUCAGCUUAACCUGUCUCCUGUCAAUAAAGCUCUUGACAUCUCUCAGGAUGCUCAAGAUGCCAUCCAGCGGGCCUUCGAGGAGCAAGAGAUCCUGAAACUCGCCGAGUCUUACAAGAAUGGGCCCAAGCAUACUCCACCUCCUGUCCCUGCGCGCCCCGAGUCACCGCAGCUCGGCGUCUCAGCUGAUGCAAAGACUCCGGUUCACAGCAACAACCCUGCCAGUCAGCACACGAGAUUGCCAGGUGUCAGCGCCCCUGCCGAGACUGGUUAUCUUCACCGUAGAUCUGCUUCGAAGGAGCUCAGCGGCCAAUUCUUGAUGCAAAAGAGAUAUGACAUGAUUUAUGGCGAUCUGAGAAGACUUGCAGUCAACCCAUCCCAUCGUAUCGCAGGAUGGACCAAAGAUGAUCUCUGGAGCUUCAUACGCACGCAGGAUAACAAGAUUCUUUCUAUCUCUCAAGCCUUGCACAAGAACAAGUUGCAAUCCGACAUUCAGGGUAUGGUCACUCUGCAAGACGAAAGAAAUUUCGCGAGAUCUGAGGUAGAGAGGAUCAAAUCUGAAUUCGAGCUCCAAACGAUCGCCAACGAGCAAAGAAUCGCAGAGCUUGAGACUGAACUCGACAACGCCGAAGCCGAAAAUGAACGUUUGCUAGCUGAGCAGACUAUGAAUGAGAGUCGCGAAGCCAUUCUCAAGUCUCCCAUCAAGCUUUCUGUCGAGGCCAGCGAAGCACUUGCCAAGGUUGAGAAGCAUUUUGAACAGAUCAAUACGAAGCACGAUGAAGUCUCCAAGGGUAUGGAUCAACUUCGUUCUCAGCUCGAUCUUACGCAACAGCUCAAAGACGACAACAAGGAGCUUCGCCGUAAUACGGAACUGUUGGAGAACCAGGUAGAGUUUUAUGACCAUCAGAACGAGAAGCUCAAGCAUAGAAUGGACGAACAGGAACUUGAGAACGACCAAAUCACCAAAGCGUACAAGAUGCUUCAGAAGGAGAAUGCUCAGUUGACGGCUCGCGUUCAGACCUUGCAAGCUGCCAGACGCGACAUCGAGGACGAGAAUACUGAGCUCAAAAUCCAACUUGACCUCUGCCAAACCACCAAAUCAGAGCUCGAGGAAGAUAAGCUCGUCGCUGCUCAACCUAAAGUGGGACCUGUCGACUCAUUCUUCUCGACCUUCUCGACCAAAGGCAUCGGAUCGGAGGAAGAAUCGCAAACUCUGAGAGACUCGAAUUUGUCGCUCUCGGGCAAGAACUCUGCUCUUGAAAGACUGCUCGCUAGUACCAGAGAGGAGUCUCUCAAGUUCAGAGAAUUGUAUAACGCUGCCGAGGAACAACGAGUCUGGUCCUUCGCUCACUAUGCAACGGUCAGAGAACCAUGGCCUGUCGCAACCAGAGAGCAUAUCGCUCAACUGAUUGUUAGCGUGGUCAACGAGAACCGAAAGCCUUCUGAAAAGUCUUCCAAACCUGCAGAAACUGCUCGCGAUAUCCAAUUCGAGCGCACCGGACUUGUCGAGGAUGCUCCUCUUCCUGACCUGCUUACCAGGGAUCAAGUUGUCACAUGGUUUGCCGCAGGUUUGGGAAUAUCCAAGAUCUUCGAGGAAAUCCGUGCUCUUGGUCUUGAACUCGACAAAGAGACUGAACAAGAGAUUUUGCGUGUCCUCAUUGAGCAAGGCUUGUGCUAUGGUAACUACGACGUAUUUUCUACUUUUGUCUUUGCGGACAGGCCUUUCUCUCGUAAGGAAUUCAUCGCUCGUCAAACCGAUUUGAUCACUGUCAUGGACGGUCUGGAAAAGAAGAUGAUCAAGACAGAGACUGAUCUCAAACUCGCAAAAGAGAAAGUGACCGAGCUUGAGCAGCAAGACCGCGAAUUGUCCACCAAGUUAGAGGAACAAGACCACGACUUGGAGCAAGCCAGACAAGCUCUUGAGACAUUCGAAACCUACCAUGGUAACCCUGAAGGUGCUCUGGAAGAGUUGAUCGAGCUUCGAGCUACACAUGCCAACCUUCGUGAGGAGCUCAAGGAAGUCGAGGAUGCCAACAAGGAGUUACAAAAUCAGGUUGCAUACUACGAAAAGGAGCUUGUUGAAGAACGCUCAGAGGCAGAGUCUGGGGGUGUUACUGUUAACGGCUCUACCGACCAAGGGACUUGCAACGUUUUGGCACACCGCGAUCUCGAAGCAAGAAUACAUGAUCUUGAGAAGCAGAACCAAGAGCUUGUUGCGUGCAGUAGAGAUCAAGACGUGGCUGCUGCUCAGAUGCCUAACUCUCCAGCAUGUCCUCACUGUCACAAGAUGAGAAGGACUAUUGCAGAUUUGAACCUGAAGCUCAGAAAAGCGAAGGGACAGGCUCUGGAAGAUCGAGACAAUGCUGGUUCUCCAUCCUCCCCUCCAGGUGCAUCUCCAACUUCCGAAGAAGCAGCUUCUGCAGAGCCUUACUGCAACGACUGUGCAUAUCUCUCCAAGCAAUUUGGUGAUGCCAGACGCCAGAACAAGGAGUUGGAAGAGAAGCUUAGACUCCGCAAGUACGAAAUCCGUGGCUGCAACUACGAAACAGAUGAGGCUCGACGUGAUCUCGAUGAGGCCAACGAACGGCUCCAACAGGCCCAGAACGAUCUUGCCGACGCUCAGAAGGAGAUUCAGAGACUUCGUGCUGAAGACAGUUCUGCAUCCCCCGGCAGUACAUCUACGGCACCAACAUCAGCUGGUGGUGCCUCAUUCAGGGACUCCGAAAAGGAUGACCGUAUCAAGGAGCUUGAAGCAUUGCUUGAGAGAUCUCAGCAAUCCUUGAGUGAGAAGAUCAGUGACCGCCUGAUUGGAGAAUGGGGAGCCAGAAAGCUCGCAGCUCCUCCUGCCGAUAAAGAAAACGACCUUUGGGAUUCCUUCAGUACCGAGGGCAAUGCAAGCAAACUUGCCGCCGAAAAAGCACAGCUUCAAGAGCAAGUCGCAAUUAUCCAAAACAAUCUCGACAUGUUCGAAGCUGCCGCCAAGAUCUGGGAAGACGAGGCCAAUGUCACGGCUUCUCAGAUUGAAAACGCAGAAAGCGUCGGUCUUCAUGCCAGAAUCGAGAACUUACAGAGACAGGUGGAAGUUAUCCCUGGUCUUGAAGAGAGGAUCUCGACUCUGGUUGAGGAGAAGAAGAAUCUCAUCGGCAGAGUUGAGUAUUUCAACGGAGGCAAGAGACCUGAGUGUUGUCUCGCUACCAGGACUGAACUCCAGAAGGAGAUUGAUGCUCAUGCUGCAACGAGGAAGGAAUUGGAAAAUUCUGUUGAUGCCGCUACCACCAACAUGAGCAGUGGCACAAGCGAAGAUCCCUGCAAGGAUGUCAGGGACGAGCUUGAAGCCCUCAAGAUCGAACACGCAGACUUGGAAGAUGCCCUUCGAACUACGUCGGUCGAAAAUGAGAACAACAAGAAACUACUCAAACAAGCUCGCAUCCAGAGUAGCAGAGUAAAGGCUACGGGAGAUGCCAACUCCGGAGACCCUUGCAAGGACAUCAGGGAUGAGCUUGAAACCACUAGAACUCGUUUGAACGAGCUCCAAAGACUGCUCGACGAAGAGAAGGCGAAAAAGCCUACCAACGUGUCUGCACAACAGCACGGUGAUCUGAUCCAACAGAUCUGUGACCUUGAGGCACAGAUCGCCAAGACUAAGAGCGCACACGAUACUCAAGCCAAGAUCGACAAGCUUGUACAACGAGUUCGCGAUGAUGCUGUCAGAAUUGCCGAGCUGAAUUUUGAGAUUGGCAAGCUUGAGGCUAUUUCCAAAGUCUAUGUGCUUGCCGGCGAUAGACAUGGACCCCCUGAGAAUGAUCAUGAGUGCAAAGAUACUAUCCUGGAACUCAUUGCCGCUCAAACUCAGCUCAAGGGACUUAUCGAUGACUACCGACUAAACGCCCCUGCGAAGAAGUUUAAGCCAGUUGAGGAGAAGAAGGAAGAGCUCAAGCCGAAGCCCAAGGGUCUCAUCCAGAGUGUGUUCAGUGUCUUCAAGAAAUCCGCAACUGCCACUCAACCCGCUGCCGAAAAACCAGUAGAGGCAACUAAGACAGAGGAGACUCCGGCACCCGAAGCAGAAACAGACCCCGAGAACGACCCUUGCAGCACAUACAAGAAGCAACUCAGGGACGUCAAGAAGCAAGUCGAUGCCUUCGAGAUGCUAACUCUGUACAAGGAGAAAUUCUUGAGAGAGCAAGAAAUCGUCGAGAGAAAAGACAAGGAGAACAUGCAACUCAAGAACAAGCUCGAAGUUGUUCUCAACGACGCACCGACCUCACUUCGCAAGCGUCUCACUGAAGCUCUAGAAGCCAAUCGUAGACAAGCCAACAUCAUCGGCUGCAAUGAAAUCGUCGCAGCUCAGCACCACAAGGAAAUGGCUGCACUCUACAAGAAGCUGGAAGUUCUUCUCAAGCCAGAUCAAGUCAUAAAAGACUUAAUGACCAAGAACCUCGACUUGGAGAAGAAACUUGACAAAGUGCAAGGCAAAUUCUUCAAGUCUAAUCUUGAGAGUGGCAAGAAGCUCAAUUUCUUGGGUAGACAGCUGAGUGAGCUCUAUGCUGCGAGAAAUGAUUGGCGCGAUUCAAAGACACAGUUGUCAAAGGGUUUUUGGGAACCUGCUGAGAAGGUUAAGAAUAGCAAGACUCCCGAGUCGAUCGAGGCAGCUGAAGCUAAGACAAGCGCAUCUGCUUCUAAGACACCCGAAUCCGCUUCUAAGACGACCGAGUCUGCACCUAAGACAGCCAGCCACGAGACUGGAGAAGACUUCAGAGGUACUGUCGAGAACCCAUGGCCGAAAAUUACAUAUGACUGCUGGCCCCAACCUCCUCCUAGAUUGCAAAAGACUUUCGACGACAUGUACGACGCCAACGAGAAACUUUACAACAAUCCUGUCUACGUGCUGAAGGAUCGUGUCCCCAAUCACCCCAAGCCCGACAUCACUGGUCUCUGGAAUGAGGUCCAGAAUACCCGUUGGCAGCUCACUGAACCCAAGAAGAUACCCUUGUACCAGACCGCUAUCAAGAAGUCCAACCAGUACACUGAGAAUGAGUACUUCUUGCCAGCAGUAUGGGCUGUGAUUCUGGUCUUGGAACACCUUGGCUACAACCACUACACCAUGCCAACAUUGGACUUCAUCUUUGGACAUGAACGUGGACCUCACAGCUUCCUCAUUAGAUGGGCGUCCUUGUUCUUUUUGUUCUUGGUCAUCUAUACUUUCUGGCUGUGGCAUCAGCUCAGGGGCAUCUUUGGCAAGCCUAAUGGCGGCGAUGGUGGCGAUGAUGAUUCUGACGACAAAUCACCGAAGGACGACCCUUGCAAGGAUGUCAAGAAGGAACUUGCUGAUACUAAGGCUGAAUUGGAGAAAGCCAAGGAAUCAUCCGACAAGGACAAGGAUAACUCCAAGAAAGACGACUCCAAGAAGGACGACUCGAACAAGGACAACAGCGAUCCCUGCACAGACAUCAGAAACGAACUCGCCACUACAACAGCAAAACUCAACGACGCUCAAGCUCAACUGAACGGCGAGAAAUCUGUCAUUGAUUGGAAGAAUGACAAGAGAAGCAAUUCACAGUGGCAACGACUCCAGAACACAAAGUUUUGGGAGGUUGCUGGCAUUCCUGGACCGAGGUUGAGUAAUGCUGUUACAUUUGGAGAGUUCCAGAGAAAUGGUGCUGGUGCAUCUAGCGAACCUUCUGUUCACUUUGCUUCUCAAAUCGGAUCUCGAUCUGGAUCUAGAUCUGCCCCUCCGCCUUACAAGUUGAAACCCACUGAAGAGGACUUCGAGAACUUCGAUUUUGCUGCAUAUCUCAAGUCUCCGGAUGAUGUAUAUUGGUCAGGAUUCGACAAAUAUCCUACUCCCGAAGUAGAUGCAUGGGUCGAUGCUGACAACGUUACUGCCACGGAGAAGCUUGGUUCCAAGUCUGCCGCUCCUGAGGUGAAGGAUGAUGUCGCCACUGAUUAUGUAUCUCCGUUCGACUUUACGACAUUCUUCCCACCUGCUGAGGCAGACCUGAAUGGACUUGCUGCUGCAGCCGGACUCUUUGGACUCGGAGCUGAUACGGACUUCACAGUCAAUAUGAUGCAUGCCGAUGCAGCAUCUAUCCCUACUGCAACUGCUUCGACCGACGCUCCCAAGUUUGACUCCAGCAUGUUGAAGACGCCAUUCGAAUGGAUUCAAACUCUCAAUGCUGAAAUAGCGAAGGAUUUCAAUAUGCAGCCGCUUCCCUUCACCUAUCCUAUCACGGACAACACACCAAUGAGUUAUGCAGAUUUUGUCCAAAAUAGACUUGCUGCCCCCCAAUCUGCAAACAAUAGGCCGAUUUGGCUAUCGCCUUUCCGCGGUGGAGACGGUACUUUCGACCCCAGCACACCUCCAAUUCGAGAGCCGAGGAGGUAUAAAGAUGACUUCAUUCAGAGACUCAAGAUGAGACAGGUCUGCUGUGAACAAGACUACAACGAGCAGAUCGGAAAGAAGUCGUUGAAUCCGGAUCCCUCAGCUUCUGAGUCACCCAAAGUAUGCAAGCAUCGUCCACUAGGACGUCAUGGCGCCGACCACUUCGGAUCACCUUACGCUCGUCCACGCCGACCUGCCGCAGAUUCCAGUAAAAACACCAUCCCUGGUCCCUACGCACCCGAUCAAGCAACCCUAGCUUCCGCAUGGCGAACAUACCUGCGAAAACACCCUCGCCUGCGUCGCUUCGUUGCCGGUCGCAACCCAUGGGAACGCUCCCCUGCGAAACCUGGUUUCGUUGACUUCGGCGACGAAGCAAGGCAAAGAAAAUCCAUGGGUGGGGCUUAUGGACUCAAGUUCCCGAGUCAUGGAGACUUGACUGCUUGGCGUGCCUCUUAUGCUUUGUUGCCUCCUUCUGAACAGGAUCUCAAGGAUAUUGAUGAGCAGCGUAGGGUAGUUACGGAGAUCCCUGAGGCGUUGAGAGGGGCUGGUGGUUCUGCUAGUGGAAGACCUGGGGUUAAGCCUAAGGCUUUUGAGCCUUUCUCCCAAAUCCCGGAUCUCUUGAGAUCGCCUGGUGCAAAGGCUGUACCUGCUGCUCGUACUCAUGGUCUAUUUGGUGACAAGAAUACUGCGGCUUUCCCUCAAAUCCCAGAGCAAUCGAGAACACCCGGUGCAAAGGCUGCGCCUGCCGCUCCUGCCGAUGCUGCUCAUGGUGCCUCUGGUGCCAAGCCUUCUGCAGCCUUCCCUCAGAUCCCAGAUCAUCUGAGGAACUUCAGAGUUGGUAUGGCUACAGUGCCUGACUUCAAUGCCUCUGGGAAAUGGCCAGACCCUUGCAAAGACGUCAAGGAGAGACUCGCAGAGGCUCAACAGGAGCUUGACUUAUUGAUGAGCGAAGACGAUUGUGCCGAAGUCAGAAGGCGUGUCAAGGAGCUCUACGAAGAGCUACAAGCCAAGACUAUUCUGUAUGAUCCCGUUCGUGAACAGCUCACUCGUGUUGAGGCCGAAUUGGCAGGGGAGAAGAAAGAGCACGAAGCUGCUAAGCAGAAGGUUGCUGUGGCCGAUCCUGAGACCAUCAAGACAAACGAGCAACAGAAGGCGGACGCUAAAGCUCACCAAGCUGCACUCGAUUCUGCUGCUAAGGAAGCAGAGAAGAAGAUCACUGCAGCCGAAGCACAAGCUGAUCAAUUCAAGAGACGCGCCGAUGAGUACCGUAGAGCACUUGAGUUUGAAAAGAGUAGAAGACUUGCUACACCGAGGGUUCAAGAGGAAAACGUUGUGCCGCUUUCCACUCAGAUGACUUGGCGUCGUUUCUGGAUCACUCUUGCUUUGUCAAUCUUGCUUUCCUUGUUGGUCUUCCCCUACACGACUCUCGGCCAGAUGCCUAUGUAUCAGGACUCCGCUCUUUCUGUGACCGAGAUCUUGUGGUAUGACACUAUUGAGUCGACUAGAGGCUAUCAUGGCGUGAUUAUCGCUCUUGGUGGUAGCGUUCUUGUUGUGCUGAUGAUUUGGGCUGCUACGCUUGCUUCUGCGAACCGUGGAGUUAGUCCUUACCCUGACUACUACGACGACAACGAUGAUGGCAACAAUGGAGGUGAUGGUAAGGACGAUGAUGAAAAGGGAAAUAGCCCCAAGAGUCCACUCUCCGUCUUUCUGCCGCUUUCACCUCGCUCUCCGACUUCCAAGCGCUCUAACCCCAAUCCUCCCAAGUCUCCUCGAGGCUUUCAGACAACCCGCCAACAGACUUGGAAGCACUCCUACAUCUCAUCUGUCAGCACUGAACCUAGAGCAGGCGUAUCUGCAGGAAGUAAGACUACUGAUCUCUCUCCAUACUGCAAACAACUUGAAGACAAGGUAGAGAGACUCGAGAGAGAGCUGUUAGCUUCCAGAACAAAGGUUUCUGCGUUUACUCAGUCGGCGAUUUCUUCGAUUGACUUGAGACCUCGAGCUGGUCCUUGUGCUGAUCAGAAGCGUCAGGCCUUGGCGCACUCGGCUAUCAAGAGUAUCAGCACUGCACCUCAAGCUGCUAAGAAAGCAGCUAAAACUGUUGAACAGAAGGUUGAUCCUACCGCCGAUAAGGGUGUUGGAUUGUGGAACAAGAUCACCACCAUUUCUCUAUUUACUACCGCACCAUCAAGCCCUGCAAAGACGGAGCAGGAUCUCAAAGCCGAGCUUGACAACGUCAAGAAAGAACUUGAAGAUGCCAAGAAGGAGAUCACAGCUAACAAGAAACAACCGGGAGCGGAAGUCGAAGGUUGGGAUCCUGUCGAGACAUCCAAUGAUGACUGGAUGGACCCUUGCAAGCAUGUCAAUGAAGAGUUGGAGCGUGCGAAGAAACAGCUUGAGGAAGCAAGAGUCGAGAGUAGUUGGUUGAGGAAGCAGAAGGAAAGAGCUGAGAAGCAGCGAGACGGCAUUGAUGUGGAUGGUGAAGAUGAAGGAAACAAUGGUGACGACGAAUAUCCUCCGCCCGGCUCGCUUGAGCUCAAAUUCAUCGUCGCAGAAGAUUUGGUCAAGAUGAGAGAUCAACAACUCGAGAAGGCUGCUGAAGAUUUGAAGAACUGUCACCAAGCCAAUGUGGCCUUGCGAAAGAGGUUCUACGACGAACGUGAUGGAUGGGAAGCUGAGAAGCUGAGAGUGGAGGAAUUGAAACAGGCUGCAGCCUCAAAGCAGACUUCAAGUGUUUCUACUCAGACCUCUCCAGUCAAGAUCGAGGGCCAACCGGAUCCCCAAGCUUCUUCUGGCGGCAUCGAUCACACGGAGUGCCAGAAGAGGAUCCGCGAUCUGUUGACCCAGCGUGAUCAGCUCAGGGACGACCGCGCCGAAGCAGACUCCAAGUGCCGUGACGCAGAAAGCGAAGCCCGUCAACUCAGAGACCAACUAGUCGUGCUAGACAACAAGAGCAAGCGCCUGGAAAGCAAAAUCGACGCCGCCGUCAGAGAGCUUGACCACUACAAAGGCAUGUACAACCGCGGCGCCGACCAUGGUAUGUGCCUAAGAGGUGGCAAACGCGAGAUACUUGAAAAGCUUGUUGCCGAUUAUGAAAGAGACGGAGAUCAACGGGUCGCCCAGCACGAAGAAACCAUCAAGAAUCUCAAGAACCAGAUGCAAGGUCUCAAGAAUGAUGCCUCGAAUAGACAAGACAUUGCUGAGAGGUGCAAAUUGGAAGCUCAACAGCUGAGAAACGACCUUAGCGACGAAGAAAGGCACUCCAGGGAACUAGCCACGAAAUACAGGGCUGCCCUUGCCAACGAAAAGAAGGCCCUUGAUGAUCUCGAAACUGUCAGAACCCAACUUUCGGAGUGCGAACGAGCUAAGGUUCAAAUCAAGGAAGAUUCAUUCGCACAAGAAAGACUGGACAUAGCGAACAGGGAAGCCAAAGAUGCAAAGGACCAGCUUGACCAUUGGGUCAACCAGUUUGAACUCAACAAGACUCCUGUGCCGGAAAACGUAUCUUCAGACCCAGAAGUCGCCAAAUUGCAGCGAUUCUUAUUUGAUAGGACUAAUCAUAUCGAGAUGCUCUUGUCUCAAAAGAAGAGGGUCGAGGAGAACCUUGAGUGGUACAGGAAACGCCUGCAACGAGCUUUCGAAGCCGAGGAUCAUGAGCAAUGCAAUGCUAUGGAAAAGAUGUACAAGCAGCAGGCUGAGAUGGCCGAAGAAGCACGCAAGGAAGCUGCGGACAAGAACACCCAAAUGUGGUAUGAUUUCCUGGAUGAAAAGACAAAAGCUUACCACGCAAACGAGGCGAAGAAAGCUGCAGAGAAGAGGGUAGGAGAACUUGAGGAAAAGAAGGAAGCACUUGCCAAGCAACUCGAAGACAAGACCAAGAUCUGUCCCCCUGAGAUCAAAGAUGACGAUGAGGGCUCUGCAUCUUCAGAGGUGGCUUCUAAAGCACUCCGGGACGCCAGACUUGCAACCAGACUCGCCGAAGCCGAAACCAGAAAACUCAAACUUGAACGCGAUCGCCUAGCUCGCGAAAAUGCACUUCUCACGCAGCGACUGGAACGCAAGAUUGACACCUUGGAGCACUCAACCGAACCCAAGAUCUCUAGUGCUUUGCCUCAUACACCCAUCAGCCUUGACUCCACAGAUAAAACCAAAAAACAAAGACCCGCCGACAUCAUCACCAAUUUCUCAAACCUCGAAGACCCAUUCUACGAAGGUCUAGUCACCGGAGGCAUGACGUCCAGACUCCCCAGAUUCAACCCCAAUCGACUUCUGGACAUUCUUGGUCCUCCGCAUUAUCUUUAUACACCUAAACGUGCUCCGAUACCUACUCCCAAACCUCCCUAUCCUUCUUUUGAGCCCUUGACACCAGAAGGACGACGCAGAUCUGCUGAACGUAUGAUCAGUGAUCCUGACAGAGAAAUGGCUUUGGCAGAGGAAAGAGCAUAUCUUGCUGCUGUAAGAGCUGUGGAGUUUGAGUUUGAGGAACAAAGGAGUGAUGAGUAUGCGCUGCUGUUUACGCUUUUGAGAGGGAAGUUGAAUAUUCCUGUCAGAGAUGUUAGGGCGAGACUUGAGAGAGUUGAUGAAGAAGAGGGCGAAGAAAAAGAAGAUACAAAAGCUGAACAAAAUUCGGAGUACAAAGAGGAGGCAGAUGGUGAAGGGGAAGAGAGUAGUGAUAGUAGUUUGGAUGAUGAAGAGUUCAAUGUGAGUUUUCUCAUGAUAGAAGAAGGUCGAGGAGAUCAAGCUGACAAGCGAACAGAAGAGAUAUAG